CUCUCGAGCACCGAGCGAAUGAGGAAUAGCGAGUGAGCUGCGCGAGCGACUCUACAUCGUAUAUAUCCAUUAUACCUUUUACGCAGCCGAGAAGAUUUUGUUGUAUACGCGAAAACCCGCAGCAGUGCUCCGUUUUAAUAAAAAAACAAAAAGUGGAGGAUAACACACACAGUGGAGGAUAACACACACAUAUAUUUUCGGACUCGACGAGUGCAUCGAACUCCGUGUCUUUCUGUGUCUGUGCGGUGUGCAUACGGUGCACACAUGUAUACCACGUAAUACACGAUCGAGCGUAGCAGCCGACGUUUAUGACUAUAUAUACGCUACGUACGGCGCGCGCGUGCGUGCGGAAGACAUCGGCGCAUCAUCGGCAUCGACAACAACAAAAGUGUACACAUAUAUCGCACAUCGCGUCGUUCAUCGUCGUAAUAAAAAGAAAAAUUAAAAGUCCACCGCGGCGACAUGUCGGGCGAGCAGCCGCCGACGAUAGACAACGAGCACUGCGCUUUGCUCGAGUUCACCGGGGGCGAGCUCAAAGUCGGCUACCUGGCCUGGAUCACCUGCCGCAGUGCCACAACGACGACGACAACAACAUCGGCUUGUAGAAGCAGCAGUAGCAGCCGGACUAGCAGCGAGUCGUCGUCGUCGUCGUCGUCGUCGUCGUGGCUCGACCGAGCGAUCGAGAAGAGGGAGAUCGUGAGGGUCAAGUGGCCGGUGGACUGCCAGGUCGAGUCGGCCAAGAGGAUGCGGACGCUGAGCAAGAGAUGCGACUGGCAGUACAGGACCGCGAGGAUAAUCGAUCACGGUGAGUGGACGGCCAUGUGCGAGAGACGACGCAAUUACCGCAAGUUCAAUCAGCUCGACCUCGACAAGAACGAGAGAAAGAACAGGAAGAGAAAAUUCACGUCGCUGGCCAGCAACAGCAUCGGCCGAGCCGCGCCUCCCGAACAAGUUACUCAGCAGCAGCAGCAACGCGUCGUUAUCGAUAAGGACAAGGAGGAGAGUCUGCUGCGCGUCGUGAGAUCGAUGCUGCCCCCGGAGUGCCGCGCGGACUUCGAUCGUCUCGCCGCGGCGUACGGCAGGCCGGAGCUCUCGCAGCCCUGCUGCGAACGCAUCCUGCUGCGCAGGGUCAACGAGAAGAACGUAUUUCUCAAGCUCAAUUUCAAGUCCAACUUCCGCUGCGACAUGUGCGAGCGCAGCUACUCGCGCAAGCACGACCUGCUCAGGCACGUGAUCAAGGUGCACGCGAGUUAGCGUUGGGAUGAAAAAAAAGAAAAAAAAAAUUAUAUAUAUAUAAUCAUGUUUCGGGGCUCUCUCGACCUCUAUCUAUCUCGUGUAAUAAUGUUAUAAUAGUUGAAAAUAAUCAAUGAACGAUCGUCGGUCGGUUGAGGCUGGUACUUUACCGACGCUAUAUAACGAUACAAUAAAAAAGCAAAAAUAUAUCACA